AUGAAUCUUCUCAGUCGUGCUGACCUUGCUGCGCACAACUCGCGCGAUGACUGCUGGAUGGCGGUGCACACCAAAGUAUGGGAUCUGACUUCGUUCAUCGAUGAGCAUCCUGGUGGUGCACAGGUCCUUCUUAACUGUGCAGGUCGCGACGCAACGGCCGAGUUUGACAAGAUCCAUGCACCGGGUCUUCUAGAGGCUAACCUCCCCACCGAAAAAUGUCGUGGUAUCUUGGACGAGGCGGAAGAGGAGGAGGUCGAUAGAAAGGAAGGGCCCAGAGUCGACUCCGAUGAUGUCGCAAUGGCGAACCUUCAAGCGCUCAUCAACGCUGCCGACUUUGAAGACGCCGCGCGACAGCAUCUCACCCCCAAGACAUGGGCAUUCUACUCGUCCGCAGCAACAGAUCUGGUGACCCAUCAGCAAAACAAGUCGUUUCUCCGGCGCAUCAUGGUCCAGCCACGCAUCUUGCGCAAUGUAAGCGCUGUGGAUACGCGGCGCACCAUCCUAGGCUGCGCCUCCGAUGCUCCCUUCUUCAUCAGCCCCGCCGCCAUGGCUCGUCUUGCCCACCCAGACGGUGAACUUGCCCUCGCCCGUGCCGCCGCAUCAGAGGGGCUUAUUCAGUGCAUUUCCAACAAUGCUUCGUUCCCUCUAUCUAGUAUCGUGCAAGCCGCGCCACCAGGGCACCCAUUCUUUUUCCAGCUGUACGUCAACCGCGACCGGGCACAGACAACGACCCUGCUCCACCAGGCGCGCGACCUAGGUAUCCGUGCUGUCUUUGUCACGGUCGAUGCCCCUGUACCCGGCAAACGCGAGGCAGACGAGCGUGUUUCCGUUGCGAACGCACCAGUGCAGGCUGCUGCCAUCAGCGGUGCAACUGCUACACAGGAUGAAAAGGGCGGUGGCUUGGGCCGUCUGAUGGCCCAGUAUAUCGACAAGGCCCUCACAUGGGAUGACCUAGCGUGGAUACGACGAGAGUCGUCUGUCCCCCUUGUUCUCAAGGGCGUACAGUCCAUCGAAGAUGCCCAGCGCGCUACAGAUGUGGGCGUCGAUGGUAUCAUGCUGUCUAAUCACGGUGGUCGGUCGCUCGACACAGCGCAGCCGGCUAUUCUCAACCUGCUAGAGCUGCGGCUGCGCUGUCCUGAUGUCUUUUCCAAGCUAGAGGUCUAUGUCGACGGAGGAUUUGAGCGUGGUGUCGAUAUCCUCAAGGCUGUUGCUCUGGGGGCUACUGCCGUUGGGAUCGGACGGCCGUAUCUAUACUCGCUCGUGUAUGGACAAGAGGGUGCACAGCACUUGACACAAAUCCUCAAAGAUGAAAUUGAAAACUCCAUGCGCCUUUUGGGAGCCACGGGCCUUGACCAACUAGGCCCAGACAUGCUCAACACGGCCGACAUUGAGCGCCAUCUCCGUGAUAUGAGUAGAUUCAAACCAAUAAUCAGAACCACCAAAUUAUAG